ACUCCCUUUCUCUCUCUUUCACACCAAUAAAAAAUCUACUCCCUUAAGCAUACUAUUCACUACUAUACAGUUAACUCCAGUUUUAAAUUAAAAUGUAAAUUGUUGAAUUAACGCUCCAUUCCAUCAGCAUUAAUUUAGCUUCUGUACAAGUGUUUCCAAUUAGACUUAGCCUCUACAAACCCUGCAAAUAAUGGUGCAUCAUUCUUACUGUUUUCCUUUUUUUCAACAUCCAAGAUCUGAGUAUCUAAUCCAGUCUGAUCCUGACAUGAUGUUUGUCACUGAGCGACACUGCAAAUUUGUCACAAUAUUAUAAAGUGUUUAAAAUAAAGCAAUGUCCUGUGUUUACAUGUAACAUGUUCUACAGGGGAGUGUGUGUGCACAUUAUUUAUUGAUUGUACUUGUAGGUUAUUGGAAGAUCCCUGCCUCAUUGGGUAACUUUCUUUGUGCAUUUAUGAUUUUGUUUGUUUUUUUUGGGGGUAUUUGUUUUUUGUUUUUUUCUCUCAUGCUUUUGAAUACAAAAGCUUCACUCCACAUUUUGCACAAUCCAUACUCUAUAUGGGAACCAACCUACAAUUCAAUUUUCAAAUUCCUAAUGGUUGUAAGGUCACCUUUUUUUAUCCCACAGCACAAUGGCCUGAUUGCAAAAUGAGAUAUAAAGGUAAAUAUGUAAGCUGCUGCAUGCCAAUAAAAUGUCCAUGUUAACUAGCACACUAUAACCCAUGCACCAUGAACUGUAUAGAUAAUAUAAAUAAUAAACAUUUAUAUGUCAGCAUGCAUUUUGUUCUCACGCUGACAAGCAGAGCUACAGUAUAGUGACUCUUCUGUCUCUCUUCCCUCCUACUACACCUUCCAGAUGCUUUGUGCUUAUUAUAGUGCUGCAUAGGAACAAUGCCAGGUUGGCAUUCAGAUUAAACUAUUAUACUGUCUAUAUUACUUUACAACCCAUGACAAAACAGAUAGAAAAGAUUGCAAUGGCUAGUCAUACCGCUGCCCGAGGGCACAGCCGGACACACCUCCCCACCUCAACCAAUCAGCUUUUAGCUAAAGGCUGGUUAAUGCAUAGCACUGAAUAUACACAUGAAACACUGUUUUGUUUGUUUGUUUGUUUGUUUGUUUUAGGCAAGGGUUUUUGAAGCAUGCAUGCCACACCCUCUCUGCAAUGAAAAAUUGCAAACAUACAUGCAGAAGUCAAUGCAGAAGAAGUGGUGGAUGAAGUUUUUUUUUGUUUGAUGUCCCUAGAGAUUUAGGUCCAAACUUAACAGAUUGUUCAAUAUACUGUAGUUUAGCCUGCUUUUUUCAAUGAGUCACAAUACUGCAGGCUUUUCUACAAGGAUGCAGAUAUGACAGUGGCCAUGACAGCAAGCUGACAACAUUCUUAGAACAUGUUUGUGUACUACUGAUUUCAUACCCCAGAUAACUAUUUUGUCCACCCUAAAUAGGCUGUAAUAGACCUAAUUAAUUUUUUAUUCGAAGUUUAUUUAGUUGUGCAUGAAAGUAGUCAGUUUUGUGGUGCAUUUUCUAUAUCCCAGAGUUAUUAUACUUAGAAAACUUGGUACUUAGGCUCCAAAGGGGAGAACUGUUUAAAUGAAAGGGCGUCAAGCGUUUAUAUCUGUCUGUCUGUCUGUAACAAGGAGUAGAACCAGCCAAAGCGCUCGCACGCGCCACAGCGCUGCUGCCAGUCUCUAGCGCGCGCUCCGCUCAGGGUGGUUCCGUGUUAGUGAGAGCGCGGACAGAUAAAAGCGGCUCAGAUAGCGCGUGAGAGUGAUGGGGGAAUAACGGAUUAGCGGGAGGGAGUAGAGGAGGGAGGGAUGGAGAGAUGGAGGAAAGAAGGGAGGGGAAAGAGGAGGGAGUUUAUUUUUCCCCCGCGAUGCCCCCCCUCCCUUCAACCCUCUUAUGUUGCCCUUGAGCGCGCGGGGCAAAUCCAAUCCUUUAAAGUCGGUAAGAGCAAAAGGAGGGCGCGUGCAAAGUCCGUCGUUUUACUUUGGAAAGCUGCAGCUCCUUCCCGCAUUUGCUGCGUGGGAAUUCGGCUUUACCCCACACCUCGCUUACGGAAGUAGGGCAUCUUCCUGGGAGAAGAGUCGAGCUGCUUCACACGCAGGAGCAGGAGGAGGAAAGAGAAGAAAAAACAACAACAAUACAACAAAACACGGAAGAUGAGCAUCUUUUCCCAAGAGGGCAGACCGAGCGCACUCCAAAACCGCACGUGAGCGUGUGAGAGCAGGGGGACACCGGAGCGCGCGCACCUGGCACCACGCGGCACAUGGAAGGAGUCUCGCGCAAAAUAUAAAAGGGUCCCGGAACAUGGAGUUUGGUGAAUGUGUAAAAAAUGCCAGUGGAACAACUCUGAUGGUGUGAUGGACAAGAAACUAAGAUGGACAAUGGACUUUAUUUGCAUUUCUCACUGAUUUUGUAUCUCUUCUCUUAUUUCUGUACCCGCAAUCCUUAACCUUUUAAUGCUUUGACGUAAGAAAAAAAAAAAUACCUCAUACAGAAUGACUGCGGCAAGUUUACCAGAUGCUCUCACGUAACUCCUAUUCUAUGCCAACGUCUCUUUCCUUUGAAUUUUACGGCGGCCCUUCUCUUGUUUCCUGGUUGGCGCUUGUCAUGCUGGCACGAGCCACUUUCUUCCUCCUUGUCCUCCUGCACAUUCUGGUGCAGGUUCAAGGCCAGUACGAGUUGUGCAAAUCACUCCUUAAAACGGAUGAGGGCUCAGUGUGGGAGCAGCAUGCGUGCCAACCCAAAAACCAGUCAAUGAAGGAGUAUAUGCGCAUACGUGUGGAACCACCGGGCAUCACGUGUGGCAACCCACCUGAGAGAUUCUGCACACUGGAGAACCCAUACCUGUGCAGCGAUGAGUGCGACGCUUCCAACCCAGACCUGGCGCACCCACCCCAGUUAAUGCAGGACCGUGAGCGUGGUGGCCUUGUCACGUAUUGGCAGACUCAGACAUGGCGCCGCUACCCUGAGCCGCUGCUGGCCAACAUAACACUGUCAUGGAACAAGAGCCUGGAGCUGACUGACGACAUUGAGAUAACCUUUGAAUACGGUCGGCCUACAGCCAUGGCACUGGAGAAGUCGCUGGACUACGGGCACACCUGGCAGCCAUACCAGUUCUAUGCCGAUGACUGUCCGGAGGUGUUUGGAAUGGUGCCACAGCGGGCACGCGACCUCACACCGUCCAACGCAACACGUGUCAUCUGCACAGAACUCUAUUCACGCUGGGUGGGUGCCAAAGGUGAUAAGGUAGUUCGCUUUGAGACACGGACCCGAUUUACCACCUUUGCUGGGCACCGGCUGCGUGACAUGGACAGUCUAUGGGCUCGUUUUGAGAACAACAAAGGCCUGCGUGACUUCUUUACCUUCACCGAUCUGCGUCUGCGUCUGCUAAAGCCAGCGCUUGGAGGAACAUAUGUGCAGAGGGACAACCUGCUGAAGUACUUCUACGCAAUCUCCAACAUAGAGGUGCCUGCCAGGUGUAAGUGUAACCUGCACGCAUCCCGCUGUGUGUUGGAGGACGAUCUGCAGUGUGUGUGCGAGCACAACACCACGGGCCAGGACUGCCAGCGCUGCAAAAAGGGCUUCAAAGCCAAAAUCUGGAAACCAGGAUCGUACCUGCCAACUCCUAUCGGCACACCUCACACAUGUGCACAGGCCGGUACUUCCUCUGGGUCCAACUGUGAGUGUCAUGGCCACUCUAACCGCUGCAGUUAUAUCGACUACCUGAACAUCGUAACGUGUGUGAGCUGCAAGCACAACACACGUGGCCAAAACUGCCAGCACUGCCGCAUGGGCUACUACAGGAACUCCUCAGUUGAACUGGAUGACGAGAGUGUGUGUGUGGAGUGUGGUUGUAACCAGAUGGGUUCAGUACACGACCGCUGUAAUGGAACUGGAUACUGCCAGUGUAAAGAAGGCACGACGGGCACCAAGUGUGACGAAUGUUUGCCCGGUUACUACUGGAAGCAGGGCUGCCAACCAAACGUGUGUGACGAGGAGCUGCUGAUGUGCCAGAACGGUGGCACAUGCCACCAGAACCAGCGAUGCAUCUGCGCGCAUGAAUUUAAAGGGGUCCUAUGCCAACACUCACGCUGUGAAGACGGGAAGAAGUGCAACCACGGCGACCACAAUGCCGCCUCUGUGCCUGCUCUGAACCUGGCACUGCUGUUGCUGUGCCCGCUCCUCACCCUCCUGCUGAGUUCUGCAGUCAUGCGUCCUGAAACAGUGCACGUCUUUCUCCCACCGUCACACACACCAACACACACCUGUGAUGGAGCACUGGUCAUUACUCUGCUGCGCACCCUCAAGGAACUUAGGACUUCCUGGACAUAGAAAUAGGGAAGAGAAAUGACUAAAAAUUAGAGAUUUGUAAUUUUGUUUGGGGUCUUUUUUUUUUCACAAAAGAAAUACCAUGGCCCCAAAAGAAAUA